AGAAGUACAGUAGGUCAUGGGCUGGAGUAGGCUAGGGACCGUAGCUUGGGCCGUUGACUUGUGACUUGGUAAACGUAAACAAGCGGCGCCGGGAUCAUAUGGCCGAACAUUGAACUUUACAUUGCACCAUACACUGGCAGAUAUGUUGCGCUAGAAGCAGAAGGCAGAAAGUCGCCGGUUGCACUCAUUAAUGGUCGAAUAGACUAAGCACCGCGAUUGCACAUAACAUGAGUAAUAUAUACAUACAAGAACCACCAACCAGUGGAAAGGUGUUGCUGGUAACGUCUGUUGGCGACAUCGAAGUGGAGCUGUGGUCCAAGGAGGCACCACGUGCCUGUCGCAACUUUGUGCAGCUCUGCUUGGAAGGCUACUACGAUGGCACUAUUUUCCACCGUGUGGUCAAGGGCUUCAUCGCUCAGGGAGGGGACCCGACGGGCACCGGCGACGGUGGGGAGUCCAUUUACGGCGCACCUUUCAAGGACGAGUUCCACUCCCGCCUGCGCUUUGUUCGUCGUGGACUGGUGGCCAUGGCAUCGGGCGGGGCCGACGACAAUGGCAGCCAGUUCUUUUUCACCUUGGGCGCCUGUCCUGACUUGCAGAACAAGCACACCAUUUUUGGGAAGGUGGUUGGCGAAACGCUGUACAACAUGCUGCGUCUUGAGGAAGGCCUGGUAGACUCGGAAGACCGGCCACUGCAUCCACACAGAAUUGUCUCCACACAGGUUCUGGUAAACCCUUUUGAUGACAUCAUUCCCCGCAAGGUGUCGAAGAACUCGGCUGCAGAGCAGCAACCUGCACCGACUUUGUCCACGUCUGUAGCAACCAGGAACUACAAGCUUCUUUCCUUUGGGGAUCAAGCUGAAGAAGAGGAGGAAGAGCUUAUGGCUGUUGUGUCUAAGGACAGCAAAAGCCGCAGCAAGAGCAGCCAUGACCUGACCGACGAUGCCAGCUUGAGCUCGGUGCCUGCAGUGAGCGAGUUCAAACACCCGGCUGGACCUGACGAUGCAGCUGACCACGUAGCGGAGAAGAAGCGCACACGCCAGGCAGCCCCGGCUGCAUCAUCAUCAUCAUCACCACAACCAUCAUCAUCAUCAGUGUCAUCAGGCGAGAGGAACUACUUUGAGGAAGAGCGCCAAAAGGCCUCUGCACAGCGCAUUGGUGAAAUCCGCAAAGAAUUCAAAGAGUUGAGGCGUCAAAUGCGAGCCGAGGAACAAGCCAAGCUGCAGUCAGACAAGCAACCAUCAGAGAAUGACGAGAAGGAGGAGGAAGGGGAUGAGCCAAACAAGCUGAUGCGUGCCUACAGACAGGAGCAGCGUGCCUACACCAAGAAGAAGCAGCAGAUGCUGCCCAAAGGGUCGCAGAGGGAGCAGAAGACACUGGAAGCCCUUGCCCGUUUCCAAGCUAAAAUGACUGAGCGCUUGUCAAUGGAAGAUGAGGAUGACCAAGGGGAAGACAGUCCAGACGAUGACAAGUCAGAUCGGUGGUUGUCACACCAGCUUUGUUUCGCUGAGCAAGGGCCAGUGCUGGCAAGAGAUGCCAACGUGGUGGAUGCCGAGGAAGCGUACAGCCUUGACGACCCUCGUAAUGCCAUGAAUGAGAGGCGCCGCAAGCGGCCACAUCACGAACACAGUGGCAGUAGACACCACAAACGACACAGAUAGACUCUUUGUUUAGUACUCAUACUCCUAUGCAGUGGUCAUCUCCUCCAAUGACCACCGUUAACUGGUUGAUAAUCAUGAUACCAGCGUGACGAAAAUACAGCUUACUGCAGCAUCUUCUGUGAAGGCGGUUCUGUGACUUCAUGCCACUUGUAGUGAUGCUUUGCCAUGUUGUAGAACCUUGAGGAGCAUUUUUGUAUGCUUAGCUGGUGAGCCACACUCCUUUUCAGAUGGUGGUGAUAGGACAUGCUUGUCCCAUCUGUGUCACCUUACAUUGUCCUGUGAUCACCAACUAGUUUUAAAUUCUGCUUUUCUGUUGACAGGCACUGAAGUGAAUCGUAUCUUUUGUUUGUUUGUGCAUACUUUAGCCUUAAAGAAGUAGGAUUAUUGUGGGACCCUUGUAUAACAAAGUGCAGCAAUAAAUGGUAGUUACAUCAGUA